AACACCCAGCGCUACCACAGCACCCCAGAAAUGCGUUUCCUUCCCCGCCUUGUCAUCUCAGCUGCCCUGGCCAUCGCUACCUUCCUGAGCUGGAGGCUGCUUCAGACCCUAUCUGGUGGCCAAGGAGGUGACCUGGCCCCCAAGGCGGAGGAGGCCUUCACUUUGACACUGGACACCUUCCUUCACGUUCAGCAGCUCAGGAAGAAGAGACUGAGAGCUUUCUGCAGCCGAUCCCGCAAAGUCACCACACUGCCGAGGAGCCAGCAGGAGAGAGCUCACCUGCUUUCGAGUCUGAGGGUAAGCACCGAGCUGGACUUCCUCUACUGCCAAGCGCCAUCAGUGGGAGUAGAGGAAUGGCAGCAGCUUUUGGAGACGCUAGAAAAGAAAAAUGUGACUCUCCCAGUGCCACUUCCCUACCACUGGCGCCACACUAAGGAGACGCAGCUGAGCAAGUUCAACCAGACGGAGAUAGAGGCCAUGUUAGGGUCUUACACCAAAGUGCUCUUUGUCAGGGACCCUUUCCACAGGCUGAUCACCACAUUCCUGCAAGGCAUGGGCAUCAACCCAUCCUUCAGCAGCUUUGUUGAGGAUGGUUUAGGCAGUGGAAUACGCAACGCCAGUGUGGCUUGGAAACCACUCGUCAGCCUCUGCCUGCCCUGUCUCGUCCAGUACGACUACGUGGUGAUGUUUGGCUUCCACAGGCAGGAGCUGGGCCACCUGCUACGGCGGGCUGGGCUGUCUGUGGACAGCCUCCUCCCCAGGUUCACCGACACCCAAGUGCUGUGGACCUACAGGUGGCUGUCAGAGCAGAUGUUCAGUGAGCUGUCUGCCCAACAGAAGAAGAAACUGUCUCACUUCUACCGCUGGGACCUUUCUGCUUUCCCAUUUUCUAGCAGUUAUCUGUCAGACCGCCUCAGCACUCCAGAGACCUGGUAGAAAUAGCCCAUCUAGAGGGACUGCUUCAGAGAGCGUUAGUCCAAAAGCAAACACUUCAAGAUACUGACAAGCCUUUGCUUCACAGCUGCCUGCAGCAGAGUUGUCCAUGUCACAGCUCCAAAAGGUACGUCAGAGAGCUGAGACAGCCCACUGGCAGGGAAGGGAUAUCAAGGCUCUUCACGUGGUUGAAUUGUAUUUAACACGACAAGAGCAGGCACUAGGGAAACUUGUGGCACUAGGCUUGGAAAACUGCAUGAACUGAACAGUGCAGCAGCUCUCAGCAAACCUAGCUCUUGGGUUAGGGUGGGUCAGACCUGCUGCAAACCACAGCAGUAUCACACAUGCUCUCCCUGCACUGAGAUUCUGUAUCCUGAGCUCCCUUUUGGGUCAAGAGAUUUGGCAAUGGCUUCUUUGUGAUAAAUCUCCCCACACAGAUACAAGAAGCACUUCCAAAGGAGCACAACACUUGGAGUCUCCCUCUCCCUACUCUACCUAAGUAGGUGAGAUAUGACACAGGGUGGUACUCCCUCCUGGAGAACCACUGAUGAUGUUCCCAAUCUUUUCAUGCUCACAGAAGGUCAUGCCUGGCCCAUCAUUUGGUCCUAUCUGUUCUGUGUGAACUGUUCAUGUUUUACUGUCUCACAUCUCCUAUGUGUUUAGGCUCAAGAGGGCCUUGGGGAUGGCACAUGAUGCUUGCUCCAUUCACAAGUUUUGAGUUUGGCUGCCUCUGUUACAGGGCAGACUCAAAUGGGCCAAGGCCGACACUGAGACAAGGAUAGUUCAGUCUGGCCCAGGUACCACGGAGAAAAAAAAACCUUCCACCUUGUCUCAGCUGCUGAUGGGCCCCGUGGAGGUGGCUGGAAGCAUCAGGAUGCAUCACUGUGCUGCUGUGGAAAACACAGUGGGGCUACUGUAAGCUCCUGCUGGCAGAGAAGCACAAGGACUGACUCUGCUUUCGUUCGGACUUGGCUGCCAGCGUGGCUGGAUGGAGGCCCGGGCUCUCCAGCUGGCUCAUCUGCUUCAUCUGACUUAGUAGCCUGGAGCAGCCACCCACCCUCUCCCAGCCUUGGUCACUGAGCUGAUCUAACUCACAGCCUCUAGGAUGGGUCCAUGUUUGCCAAACACCAAGGAUGAACUGAAGUUGUCCAGCUUUCAAAACAUAGCAGACUUUUACCAUAGCAUACUAGUCUCCAGAAUACUUAGCAGCUUUAUUUUGCAUUGUUGUGACAUUCACAGAGAAUUCCUCAUACAUUCAUGUAACAAGGACACCAAUUUGACAAUGCUCAUUAAAGAAUGAUAGUGAAAACUGUUGAUUAGAACUGACCUAAAACAGUUAUCAAAAAACUUGCUCCCCCUCUCACACUGAGGGACACACAAUUAAUAUCUCUAAGACAUCAGAUCACCAGGCCUCCUUUCAUCCUCCCACAAAAUCUCCAGCUACAGCAAUUACAACCUAAGUGCCACUACUGUGCGCAAUACUUUACAGUCUAGCAAGAUGGCAUAGUCCCUCUUCUGAGGAUACAGUUCUGGGAAAGAGAGAAGCAGCAAAUUUCCAAUUAUAGGUAAUUAGAGUCUUGCAUCCAUGCUGUAUUUCACUGGAAAGUACUAGAAAAGGAACAUUUUUCUCUUCGUAAGUAGCUUUCCCUUCAGCGACUACGAGCUGAAAUCCCACGCAGCGAGACGUGUGCGAAGAGAUGUGACUCAGCACCCGGCAGAGGACAGGGCUGUGCGCUCACAGCAGGAGAGCUGCUCUCCAGCAGCUUUGUACUGCAGAGCACACCUCAAUUUGGGUAUCCUAUAGCAGUACCUUCUCUUCUUGCCAGCCCUCUACAGCACAUCCCAGUCCUUUCCUAAGUUCCAGAGGAAAAGCAAUGUAUGAAAUGUUAAGACGUUUAGAGGUGACAUGAAAAUCUCAGCUUCAUGUUCCUUAGAGUCCCUGUUUUACCCACAGUUCCUAUUAGCAUCCAAGCUUCCCUUUUCCCUACACCCUCAAAACCAGUUUCUGUAAUUACUUUGCAACCCUGAUUUUAUACCAUUGCCCUCCCCAGGUGUUUGAUAUAAAUUACAUUCAACUCCAGUGCACCCCAAAACAAAGGGGUUUUUCCCUUCAUCAGAUAGUUGCUGGGCAAGGGUAACAAAAGGGCCCUGAACUGGGGUGGCCUCGAGGGUAUGGACUGGUGCCUGGGAAAGAGUGGCUCACUGACGCAGCAGGAAAAACCACUCUACACUCCAGGAUCUGCACUGAACAGCCUGCUCUGACCACUGCCUGUAUGCAGAACUUGGCAAAUACAAUUGCAAUUAACUCACAAAGCAAACAGCAAAAGAGAUAUACCUAAUCUAAAAAAAUUUUACCUGACCAGGCAGUCACUGCGACUGUGUGAGACACCGCAACCCCUUUUUGAAGUGAUGAAAAAAGUGCUUCCAGAACCACAGGGGACAGAGAGCACUUACUCAUCCUGCUAGAGACAUCCUGACAUGCCCCAGGGCCCCCAAAGGCAGCAGGCCUCUCAUGAACACUGGCAGCUUUCCCCUGAAGUGACACUUGAAGCUCCUCGAUAUCACACUCUGCCUGUGUCUGCCCAUGCUCUGCAUUAACACACAUUACCUUCCCUUCGUAUUUAUCAUCAGCCUGGUCUGAAUGAGCAUGUCCAGCCAUCCCAUGAGGUGGAUGUGCAAGGAACAGUGCUGAUACCAAUCUACCUUACAGACUUUGUAUUUUGUAUCCCUUUGUGGACAUCUAAGAAUGUGAAUACACAGGCUCCAAUAGCUGUUACUGAAAACAAAUUAUCAUAUUUUCUUCUCUAAGAGGUUUUUUUCAUAUUGCCAACUUUCAGGAGAAAGCAAAAACAUGUUCUUGCCCAGUACCUCAGAGCUUAGGAAACACCAAUAUUGUAUUUCAAUUAAUAAAACAAUUACAUAGCAAUCCCAACAGGCACAAUGUACUUUCUGCAGCUCACAUAUACAAAUUCCCUUCUUCUAGAUGGUAGAUUCAUAGUAUUUUAAGCUGAGAAAUAAAUCUACACAUUUCCAAGCAAUAUACCCCGGAGUGCUUAAAAAAAAUAUUUCACACUGAGCAUACUUCAUCCAGUCCUAAGAGAGAGGCCAAUUUUAGGUAGUUUGCACAUGAGCAAAAUUUUUAAUAAGGCAAUGGAGUUACAUCCUCUUGCACCGUACUUUUUUGAUGGCCCUAGGAGUGCAAAAAUAGAAAAAGGACAUUUUCAUAAAGCUGUGGGCCAGAGAAACAUAAAAGUUUGCAAAUGAUGAGCAGGUACAGUACAUGGCUGACAUCAUCUAGGGAUAACACGAUGCUACAGUGUUAAAUCUGACAGUGACAAAACCUGCCAGAGGGAUGCCCACCAUUAAAUCCAACACAAAAAAUA